UUUCACUCGUCCACUGCAGCAGUACGCGCGUGUCCUCGGGAUACAGCUGCUGUGCACAUGUAAACGUUUAUUGUUAGAUCAGAUCCUAUUCAUUACCGUACAACUGUUGUACAUUGAUGGGGUGAAAGGAAUCGAGCUCCUGUAGCGACGCAGCGAGCUGCUGCUGGUCGUUGAAAUCAAAAGCGAAAGUGAUUUGAGGCGUUUGUCUUCUCAGCUGUUGCUUUACUUCAUCUUCUACUUACUCACCGCGAACUUAUAGUCAGACUCCAGGAUGAUAAGUGGAGUCAUCUUGUUUGGAUACUUCACGACGUGCGUUUGUGCCGAUGGGGUUGCAGAUGUGGUUCUGUCGUGCACCCUGGUGGAUGAGGGAGUCGGACUGGGUGGAAUGGGAGCUGCCUUCUCGCGGACUCCAGCUACUCUCGUCUUUAGAGAUGUUCCAGUGGCACCUGAUGAAUCACUUGAAAUGCUCACUCCGUUUGUCCCGUCCUCGGUCCCUGAUCCAGACCUCAUCCUGUUUGAGGCCAAAGUGUCGUCAGUUGAGAUCCCCAGUGCGGAUGUCUUGCUCCAUGCGGACUGCAAUGAGCAGGAGGUGUUGUGUGAGAUAAGCCGUUACACUCCUCAUGGAUCCCAGGAAGGUUCGGAUCCCGCGUAUUUCAUGGUGUCCCUUAACGUGGAGGCAGCGGAGUUCAGCACUUGCUUGAUUCUGCAAACCGUGAUGGCCGAGAAGGACCCCACAACGCUCGUGCAAAAAAAACUGGGCCUGCCGCUCAGCCAGUCGGGUAGUCUGCUGACUGAGGUGAUAUUCCUGGUGUUUUCCCACAUAAAAUCCGUCUCUGCGCCUCUGAGAGCCGAUGUCCUCCUCAACUGUGGUUUCAAGCAGCAUGAAAUACCCUUGUCCCAGGAGGUGGCCAUUGAAUGGCGCCUGCAGCACAGAGGAAAGGGGCAUAAAGUCCUUGAAAUGAGGACGAGGUUGGACGACGCAGAAGGACACACAGUGGUGUCUGCAGAGAGGAGAGGCUCAAGCAUGGAUGCCGCCCAGGUGGUUGGUGAGGGUAACGUCUCCGUGACCCUGAGCAAGCUGAAGGUUCUGGAUGCGGGGAUCUACAUCUGUACGGUUCGAUUAGGCCUUUUCCAUGCACAGCAAGUCAUUGAACUCCAUGUGGUCCAACUGCCCAAUGUUUCACUCUCAGAGGAGAAGCUGGUUUUGAAGACAAAGUCUCCCCAGACACUGAGCUGUCACUGCAAUAAAUACUACCCACUGGAUGCUCAGAUGGAGUGGUUAUCCCUCUCUCCUACAGACACAGAGCCUGUGGUCUUGCCAGAUCAGGGCUCUCUGUCCAGCCAUCGGCAGCAUGGCGAUGGGACGUACUCCCUGUCGUCCCACCUCUCUGUGCCCCCCAGUGUCUCCCCGGGCACCAAAAUCACCUGCAGGGUGUCCCACCCAGCCCUGGACGCUCCUCUCUCUGUGAGUGUGGUGGUACAAAGUCCAGAAGCAGACUCCUAUUUGUGGGUUCUGGGUUUCCUGAUCAUCACUGUGCUUUUCUUCUACCAGGUUAUGAGAUAACCCAGUCAGGGGAGUGUCUAGGAACGAUACCGACUUGAAAUUGAGCCCAGGGAGACUUCUUUUGUGUCAUUUGUAAGUCUUUAAGUUAUUACUGGUUUCACCAAAAAGUCAUCACUGUUUUUUUCUUUCUACUUGAUGGAUAAAUACAUAUUUGGGGGGAAAACUGUAGAUAAUGACUGGAAUCGAAUACCAAGCUGUACAAUGUGUUUCUUUGAUAUGUUCUUUGUUGAAUAUUAUUGGUUUUGCUUUACUUGAAAUUGCAUUUCUAACCUGAAAAGUACAAAAUUAUUUGCACUUGGCUUUAUUAAAAUCACAAUCUGUA